UGAGCGAACGAUGGCGUCCCGAAAUGUGGGUGGAUCGCAGGGACUUGGGAGACAGAGCAUAAUGACGAGUGGGAGUGCGAUGAAGUCGAGACAGUUGACACAUCUUCACUCGCAGCUGGCGCAACUAUCGGCCAAUCUAGCGGACACGGAGAACUUGUUGAGAAUGACGAGCGUGCAAGCGGAAGCGAUGAGGGGGCUGGGCAGCUGGCACGGCGGCUUGUGA